ACUCUUUCGGCCACCGUCGCCAGAUCCUCUCCGCUUCCUCUAUUUGUGCGCCUGCGCGCUGCUGGAGCGGCGUCCGUUUCUCCAUCCGGAAGGACGUUGGUAUUAAGGGAGAAAAUAGCUGCCAUGUCUUCCAGUGCUUUGGCGAAACCUCAGAUGCGUGGCCUUCUGGCCAAGCGUCUGCGAUUUCAUAUUGUUGGAGCAGUCCUUGUUUCUCUGGGGGUUGCAGCUUUCUAUAAGUUUGCUGUGGCUGAACCAAGGAAGAAGGCAUAUGCAGAUUUCUACAGAAAUUAUGAUUCCAUGAAAGAUUUUGAGGAGAUGAGGAAGGCUGGUAUCUUUCAGAGUGCAAAGUGAUUUCGGAGUGUAAAGAAUUUCUUUGACUUCCAUGGAAGUUUGUCGCUGACCUGUGUUCCUGAACUAUGAAACAUGCAUAUUUGGGCUAAAGGAUAGUUUCUCUUGAUAAAUAAACAAAUGUUGUAGACAAUAAGUCUUUUGCUCAGUUAUUGAUGUAAUUCUGGGCACUUGCAUCAGAAUUGGUUAGGGAUUUUAACUGUUUACCUUAUGAAUACUUGAUUUCAGUAUUAAAACUUUAAUUAAGGACA